UCCUUCGCCGCAUUGGACAAAAUAAUCCCUUCAUUUCUCUGAAAAUAUCGGGUAUAAUAUUUCAUGUCUCUCCUCACCGGAGCAAUUCUAAAUACCACCACGAUAAGAGAAGUUACGUAUCUGGAGGUGACUAAGUGAUUAGGUAAAGAGUAAGAAAAGACACCAAAAUAAAGUACUGCGGAGGAAUUUCUGUCAAGCUGUGAGACGACGGAGUGAAGAGUGAAGGCGAUUGAGAGGGGCUGAGGGAAUUGUCCUCUGUGCGAGGGACUUUCAUUAGUCCCCAGGCCCCUGCCUGCUCCUACCGUCAGCAGGGAGAUGGAAAGCUUGAUGACUAGUUCUACCCUGCCGUCCCUUUUUGCAGAUGAAGAUGGCUCCAAGGAGAGUAAUGAUCUGGCUGCAACUGGGUUAACACAUCCUGAGGGUCCAUACGGCAGCACAGCCACAUCAUCCACCAACAACCCAGAAUUUGUGGAAGACCUCUCCCAAGGCCAACUGCUCCAGAGUGAGUCUUCCACUGCUGUGGAAGGCAAUGAGCAGAGGCAUGAAGAUGAGCAAAGAAGUAAACGAGGAGGUUGGUCCAAAGGGAGAAAAAGGAAGAAACCUCUCCGAGACAGCAAUGCACCCAAAUCCCCCCUUACAGGCUAUGUUCGAUUCAUGAAUGAGCGUAGGGAACAGCUUCGGGCAAAGAGACCAGAGGUCCCAUUUCCAGAAAUCACAAGGAUGUUGGGCAAUGAGUGGAGUAAACUUCCUCCUGAGGAAAAGCAGCGCUACCUUGAUGAAGCAGACAGAGAUAAGGAACGUUACAUGAAGGAACUGGAGCAGUAUCAGAAGACCGAGGCCUACAAGGUCUUCAGUAGGAAAACCCAGGACCGUCAGAAAGGCAAAUCUCAUAGGCAAGAUGCAGCCCGACAGGCCACUCAUGAUCAUGAGAAAGAAACAGAAGUAAAGGAACGCUCUGUUUUUGACAUCCCUAUAUUUACAGAAGAAUUCCUGAACCACAGCAAAGCUCGUGAGGCAGAGCUGCGGCAGCUUCGUAAAUCCAACAUGGAGUUUGAAGAAAGGAAUGCAGCCCUACAAAAGCAUGUGGAGAGCAUGCGCACAGCAGUGGAGAAGCUGGAGGUGGAUGUGAUUCAGGAGCGCAGCCGUAACACUGUCCUUCAGCAGCACCUGGAGACCCUGCGACAGAUGCUGACCAGCAGCUUUGCCAGCAUGCCCUUGCCUGGAAGUGGAGAAAUGCCAACAGUGGACACCAUUGACUCAUAUAUGAACAGACUGCACAGUAUAAUUUUAGCUAAUCCCCAAGACAAUGAAAACUUCAUUGCUACAGUCCGAGAGGUUGUGAACAGGCUUGAUCGUUAAGCACUGAUCUUAGUGCUCCAAGAUGCAGUGUUUGCACUUGUGCAGAAUGAGAAGCCAUCCAUGAACAUUUGAACUACAGAUCCCUCCCUGUGAAAGAAUUGUCAUUUAAGUGAAAUGCCUUCACCCCAGGAAGCUGUGUGAGGAGCAGCAAAGACGGAAGUGUGAACUCUAUAGAAACCACGCCCUGUGUGAAGCUUUGAGAGUGUACAGCCCCUCACCGACUUCCAGCUCUUCUUAGAUUCCUCUCAUUUCCAUUUCUGCUGAAGUGGAUCUGCAUACAUUCCUCUGACAGUGGUGACCCUGAAACUGACACCUUCCUUCCCUCUGCAGCAGAAAGGAAGAUUUCUCAUUGUUACAAUUCCACU